AUGGACAUCACAUUAUCUCGAUUACCAAGUAAGCCUAGUGAACCUGUUCUCGACCAGUCUGGUAAUCAUGAUCAGCUUAUUGAACCUGGUAAUCUCGACCAGCAUGAUAUAUUUGGUAUUCCUAGUAAUCCUGGUAAUCCUGAAAAUCCUAAUCAGCCUAUUCGACUUCAUCAGCGUAUUCGAUCUCGUCAACCUGUUAAUCCUGGUCAACCUGGUCAGCCUGGUAAUCCUGGUCAGCCUGGUCAACCCGGUCAGCCUGGUCAACCUGGUCAACCUGGUAAUCCCGGUCAGCCUGGUCAACCUGGUCAGCCUGGUCAACCCGGUCAGCCUGGUAAUCCUGGUCAGCCUGGUAAUCCCGGUCAGCCUGGUCAACCCGGUCAACCUGGUAAUCCCGGUCAACCCGGUCAGCCUGGUAAUCCUGGUCAGCCUGGUCAACCCAGUCAACCUGGUCAACCCGAUCAGCCUGGUAAUCCCAAUCAGUCUGGUCGACCUGGUAAUCCUAGUAAGCCUGGUCAACCUGGUAAUCCUGGUCAGCCUGGCAAUCCUAGUCAACCUGGUAAUCCUAGCAAUCCUGAUGAGCCAGUUCGACCUCGUCAGUCUGGUCGACCCCAUCAACCUGGUAAGCCUGGUCAUCCCAAUCAGCCUGGUAAUCCCGAUAAUCUUGAUCAGCCCGGUCAGGUUUAA